AUGCUUCGUUUCCCUCCCAAAAUAGUUAACAAGCUUCUCCGAAUAUCUGAUGUGUACUCCAAAAUGGACACGGGCCUGCCAUCCCGCAAGCGUUUGCGACGGACUACUAGAAGCUGCUACCAAUGUAGGAAACGCAAAGUCAAGUGUCAGCUCACCGACGAGAAUGUCGAAACCUGCGCUGAAUGCUUAAAGAGUGGAACGCAGUGCACUCUUCGACCGCUUCAUGCGGAGCCGGAUAGCGAAAGCCCUCCACAGGAGCUUGAGGUGAGGCUUGAGCGUAUUGAAUCUCUCCUUAGAAAGCUGGUUCAGACCCACGAAGGAUCCCAGCUGGCUGCAGUUCCUGAUUUACUCUGGAACGAGUUUUUGCUUCAUCCGCCAGUCGAUGAUGGGACUCUUCCUCCCCCUCCUCUCGUCGACGACCAUGGUGUUCCCAUGCCCAUGCCGGCGGAUGAGACGGAUGCGAAGCAGUCGCUAGUGGCGCUUCUGCCAUCUGCACAAGAUGCGGUUGCUAUUGUCACGAAUACUACCGCUUGGCUCUGGGGACCGGAAAAUCCUCGUGGGAGCGUUUUGACGCCGAACGAUACCUCCCAGCUCCUCGAGCAUGCCACCAUUUCGAAAGGCAGCGGAAUACACAUCGCCAAAACCUUACUAUUGUUUGCUCUGUAUAUGCAACAACUCCCUGCGAAUUUCGAUGUACAGUUUCUAGAGUCCCAGAACGUCGAAGGGGCGAUUAAAUUGAUUGUCGAGAGAGUCAAGUUAUUCAUCGCAUCCCACGAAGAAGAAGUCUGCUCGGUAGACGGUUCCACGGCGAGAUACGAUUCGGACCGUGCUCUCCUUGAGCAGGUCAUUGACUCAUUUGAUGCCACCGGAAAAAUGUGCAGAAGAGAGCAUGUAGCAAGGCAGAUCUCCGAGAUUCUCUCCUCCAUGCUGGGCAUUGUGGAUGCCGACUCCCUGGAUGCCCUCUUCACAGCGAGUAACCCUCCUGAUCCUGACACUUCCUUCAAUCCUGGGCUCGAAAUUGAAGGGACUUUGGGCACGGCCAGGAUUGGGAUGGAAGAUAUCCUUGUGUCUUCCAUCCGGCCUGCAAUUGACGCGCAGAGUCCAGCCGCGCGACUAAUCGACCUAUGUUUCCCGCUCCCUCCCCUUUCUCACAAUGCGCGCGUUUUCAAUAAUGGAAUCCUCGCCCUCACCAUCGAUGGCAAGAUACGUCAUGAACGCACCCAAUUCAUCACAUCGGACGGACCAAUUCUCGCCCAACACGACUCCCAUCCCGAGCUCUUGUCUCGCAUAAUCCCUAAGACAAAGAAGGCGAGCGGAUACUCCAAGUCGGCAGUGAUGCUCCCUGUCUGCGUCUGCGUGCGUCUGCAAUACAUCCUCCGACCACACGGCGAAAUCCUUCACCAAGACGCACUCAAGCUUCGGAUGACCAGAGAUGUCGGCGGGCAGAUCCCGACGAACAAAUGCAACGACACGGGAGAUACUUGGGUGGGCCAGACAUUGAAUGAGGGCUUCGCCUCCAAUCAUUCCGCUGGCGCCGACAAUGAGCAUUUUCAUGGUGAAUAA